AUGACGACGACGAGAGUGACGAUGACGAAGAAUCUUUCCAAGAGCAACCGCGCGAUGAGCGCGAACAAAGUCUCGAAUAACAACAACAACAACAGGAGCAACGAUAACAUAAGCAGGAGAUUCUUCGGUUCUUCUUCUUCUUCUUCUUCUUCUUCCUCUUCUUCGUCCUCUCUCGAGUUUCAGCAACUCAAACUGUUGAACAAGCAGAACAAAAGCAACAAAGUGAUUGAGUUGUUCGAAACGAACCGAGUCAACCAACAAAACGAGAAGAAUCUGAGCGAAUAUCUCAAAGCAUUAGUAGCGACGAAUCGGUUGAACGAGUCAGCGAUGUUAGAAACUCUACAGCGAGGGCAAAUGAUGCAACCACAUUCGGCGGCAGCGUCUGCUUUUGGACGACAACGAGGAGGAGGAGGAGGAGGUGAUGGCUUUGCCGGCGCUGCGGCUGCAAAUACCGCAAUGAUGGCAAAGAACAAUCACGGCGCUAGCGGAAGUGGAGGAUGGCAGUUUCCAACCUUACAAGGAUUCUCAAAAGCUAUCAAUGACGCGACAGCUGCGGCAAAUAAUACAGCUGGGGUAGGAGGAAAUGCUUCCGGCGGUGCGGCAGCCGCUGCGACAAACGCGUUGCGCGGAUCGUCGUCCUCGGCUUCCGGCGGUGAAGUGCUAGGGACGCCAAAGUCGCCGUUAUUCGUGCAGCAUUUAGAACCAACGUUUCCAGCGCAAGUUUGGCGAACAAUUCGCACGUUAGGCUUAGCUUUUGUGGUCUUGUCCGGAGUAGGAGCACUCAUCGAGGAUAAAGGAGGACCGGUAGGAAGAUCGCUUCUAGGAAACUCAGAUCAACCAAAACCUCAAAACCAGGACGAAUUCAUCGAAGAGAGCGACGGUAAAGGUGGUAAAAUACGAAGGAAGAAGAAGACAACGUUUUCGGAUGUAAAAGGCGUCGACGAGGCAAAGAAUGAGCUGAAAGAAAUCGUACACUAUUUGAGAGAUCCGAAAAAGUUUACUCGCUUGGGAGGAAAACUUCCAAAAGGUUUGCUCUUGGUCGGCCCGCCGGGGACAGGAAAGACUUUGCUCGCGAAAGCCGUCGCGGGCGAAGCGGACGUGCCGUUCUUUUACGUUUCCGGCUCUGAGUUUGAGGAGAUGUUUGUUGGCGUCGGCGCUCGACGAGUGCGAGAACUAUUUAAAGCGGCGAAGAAGCAAGCACCGUGUAUUGUUUUUAUCGACGAAAUCGACGCGGUCGGUUCGCAGCGUUCUCCGAAAGAUGCGCAGAACACUCGCAUGACUUUGAAUCAACUCUUAACGGAAAUGGAUGGAUUUAAUUCGUCCGAUGUCCAAGGUAUUGUUGUGCUUGCAGCGACAAACACGCCCGAGGCUUUGGAUAAAGCGCUCGUUCGACCCGGGCGUUUCGAUAGAACCGUCGCGGUGCCGAAUCCAGACGUCGAAGGUCGCAAACAAAUUUUGCAAGUGCACUCGAAAAAUGUGAAGCUCGCGAAAGACGUAGACUUUGAAAUCGUCGCGAGAGGGACGCCGGGCUUUUCUGGAGCAGAUUUAGCAAACCUUGUGAACAUUGCGGCGUUGAAGGCAGCUUUAGAUGACGAGACGGAAGUGAAAAAUAGCCAUCUCGACCACGCAAAGGAUCGCAUUCUCAUGGGCGCGGAGCGCAAGUCCGCAGUCAUUACGGAAGAGAACAGAAAGCUCACCGCUUACCACGAAGGUGGUCACGCUUUAGUUGCCUUAAGAACGCAAGGUGCGAGGCCCGUGCAUAAAGCGACCAUUGUUCCGAGAGGCCAUGCUUUAGGUAUGGUGAUGCAACUUCCAGAUAAAGACGAGUUGAAUCUCACUCGCAAACAGUUGAUGGCUAUGCUUGACGUCACCAUGGGCGGACGAGUCGCGGAAGAGUUGAUCUUUGGCAAAGAUGAAAUUACAACCGGCGCCUCGUCUGACUUGCAACAAGCGACACGAUUGGCGAGGGAGAUGAUCACAAAGUACGGGUUUUCUCAAACUAUUGGUUUAGCGAGUCAAGAGUAUAAUCAAAGCGGCUUAUCCUCGGAAACGAGACAAAAAAUAGAGGAAGAAGUGAAAGAAAUGCUCGAAAGCGCGUACGUGCGCGCCAAGACGCUAUUGCGAACGCACGAGAAAGAGCUGCACGCGAUUGCAAAGUCGCUUUUGGAUCGCGAAAGCUUAACUGGUGAUGAACUGAAGGAAAUUAUCCUCGGCGCUGCUUCGGGAAAGAGUGUAAAAAAUAUCAACAACAACAACGCUUCCUCCGUCGCGUCUGCCGAUAUUAAAAUAAAGGUAGACGGUGCCCGAGGCGUCAAAACCGCCGCCGUUAACUAG